AUGGCGUCGACGACAAAAACCGACGAAGAUAAUCCCAGCGUCACUGAAGUUGAUCAUGAAUCUGAUGAAGCAGCAGCCAUGGAACGAGUGUUUUCAAAUACGGAGGUUCCAUCGUGGAGAAACCAGAUAACCUUUCGAGCAAUCAUCACGAGUUUCAUCCUUUCCAUCGUCUUCAACUUCAUUGUUUGCAAGCUCAACCUCACCACCGGAAUAAUCCCCUCGCUAAACGUCGCCGCCGGUCUUCUUGGGUUCUUCAUCCUAAAAUCAUGGACGACUUUGCUGAAUAAAUUCGGCCUUCUGAAACACCCUUUUACACGACAAGAGAAUACAGUGAUUCAAACUUGCGUUGUGGCUUCUUCAGGAAUCGCUUUCAGUAGUGGAACUGCAAGUUAUUUGUUAGGAAUGAGUUCAAUGGUUGCGUCUCAGUUGGAGACGGGGAACACGCCGAUUAAUGUGAAGAAACUCUCCCCAGGGUGGAUGAUUGCUUAUCUCUUUGUUGUCAGCUUUGUUGGCCUCUUCUCCAUUGUUCCCUUACGCAGGAUGAUGAUCAUGAAGUUAAAGCUCACGUAUCCUAGUGGAACCGCUACUGCAUACCUUAUCAACAGCUUUCAUACUCCCAAUGUGGAAAAGUUGCCUCCAAAAUUAACAAGUGGCAAAUAG